AUGAGACUCUCUAUAGGGACGACUGCUUCAGAUCAAGAUGAGACAGAGCAAUUUGGUGAGUGGUUAUUGAAAGUUGGUGAUGGUCUAAUAGGUGACAAUAUGGAUGGAUUUUUUUUCAAAGCAAGAACUAUACUGGCUCCCACACUAGACAUCGUUGAAGAGGUCAACAACCAUCUGAUGGCUAUCAUUCCUAGAGGGGGAAAAUUAUAUCUUAGUUCGGAUUCCAUUUGUAUGGAUGAAGGGAAUAUGGAGAGUCAACUAGAUAUCUAUAGUCCUGAAUUACUGAAUAGCAUAAAUUGCUCUGGUUUGCCUCCACAUAAAUUAAUACUCAAGGUUGGUGUUCCGGUGAUGUUACUGAGGAAUAUUGACAAAUCCAGUGGUCUUUGUAAUGGUACAAGGCUACAAGUUAGGAAGCUUGGAAAUCAUGUCAUAGAAUAUGAAGUCUUAAUGGGUAACAAUGUUGGUCAUAUUGCUUUGAUUCCAAGAAUGAAUAUGGUACCAACAAAUGAAACCGUCGCAGUUAGAUUCCAAUGA